AUGGGCAACAACAGCUUCGAAAUCCUCCGGGACGUUUCUGCCGAGAUCGAGUCUGUCGACCCUGUCAGCUCGAUUGUUCAUACAAAGACACCGCACCAGAUCCCCAACAGACACGACUCGGUGCAGAUCUGUGGGUGCGACAUGGAGGCCGGUGUGCAGGCGGAGCGAUUCUACCACAUCGGUGAGAUCUGUGAUAAGAUGUCCUUGCGCUUGGAAGAGUACUGUCACGACAGACGAGCCUUUCGUCCGGCGAAGAUUCCCGCCGGCCUUGCGAAGGGAUGGCUUUGCCGCAAGAGUUGCAGCAUCGUUCUGCCAGAGUCGUGUAGUGGGUCGAGUAGUGGCGUGGCUUCUCUGGUGUUUCGGCCACCUCCCCCGGAAAGCACCUGCGUGCUGGAAUGGCGCGCUGCGCUUGGCGCUGCUCAGAUGUCUUGCAAGCUGCCUCAAAUUUCAGAUCUCAAGCCACCGCGAAGCCCAGAAGCAACUUUGCUACAUGUCGGGAAGUGUGGGUGGGAGUAUUGCACGGGUCUAUUCCAGAGACAAGCUGACCUGGACUUCUGGAUGGGGCCAGGUCUCGUGUCUAUCCGUUACGUGGAAACUCUGGGUUGGUGCCUGUUGGCGGAUGUGGAGCCUCUCCAUCCUUUGCAGGAGGAACGACUAUACCUGAAGUUGGCAGAAGGGCGGGCGCAGCAGCUCCUUUAUGUUCGGCAGGAUGCUGACGUUUACGGACAAUGGGAGGCCGUCAUCGGACCGGCCCCGGGUCCCUUCGUGACCCGGCAUAGAGAAGUUCCCGUGGUUCACGCAGGACUGCAAGCUCAAGAGACGUCUCUCUUGAAUCCGGCAGUGAGUUCCAACGUGUUGGAUCUCUUGUGCAAUUUUUCUUCCGCAGACUGGAGUGGGGGCAUGUACCCCUCCUUCUUUCGCGAAAGGAGCUGGGGCCACUCGACAGUUCAGGCCAUUCUUCUGGCUCUCAAGUUGUGGCAGGACAUGAAAGCCUGCUCCGCAGCUUGUCGUACAUGGCGCGAUGCCCUGAAGCCAUUUGCAAACCUCAAGGACUUGUGCUACCGAGCCUUGCGCUUUCCAAGCGGUUCGAAGGUCAAGCUACCUUCUAUACCAGAGGCCGUGGAAGCAGUUCUACCAAGUGCAGCAGCCUGGCGAAAUAAUCUGUCCUGGGCCAGGUUAAAUCAGGCUGGGGGCACUGCUUGGCCCGCCCUUGUGUCUGAAAUUAGCAUCUCAAGUGAGUUGGUGGACGGGCAAGAUGAUUUCAUGCAGGGGCCCGUCAGCACGCUCCUCAACACACACGCCCCUGUUUUCCUUCAAGUGGCCCGGGAAAUCCUUUGUCACAUGCCUUUGGCGUGGAGAACGAAGCCGAUGACAAUGUCUACGCACUCGACGGGUGAACGAGUGUUCGCGACGUGCGAAUUGAUGGAGUCAGAAGGGACCAGGAACCAGCAGUGCAGCGCCGUUUCGCGACGCGACGCGGGCGGCCUGCAACUGGUCUCCUUGGAUGGCUCGAGACUUCUUCCACCCGAAGACAGCGCGCUGGGCCCUCUGAGGGCCAAAGGACUUCAGCUCAGGUCAAUCUCAGAAGGCAACAGCUCCAGCUUUCGGGACAUCAUCGCUCCAGGCCAAAGAUGUGAAACCUCGGUCUGCUCGAAAUCGAAGGACUGCCCGCUUUGCAAGGAUUACAUCCACGGACUUCCGGGUGCUUCACAGCUCUCGCAGGUCUACAGGAUGGAAUUUUCUGUCCCGGGCUCGGAGGCGAGGAUCUCCUUUCGCAUUCGCUACGAGUUGCCGACCUUCUACGCCACGUCCGAAGAUGCUGACCUUCUUCCCCAGUUGAGGGAGCUGAUCCCUUGGCCCCAGAACUUUCUGGACAACACCGACGAUGAGGAUGGAGAGGACGAGGACGACGAGGAUGAGGAUGGGGACGAGGAUGCAGACUCGGAUGCGGACCAGGAUGAGGACGAGGAUGACGCGGAUGAGGAUGACGACGAGGAUGCAGAGGAGGUUGAGCUGCCGGACGAGCCACCAGAAGAACCACCUUCAAGACGUCGCCUCCUUGGGAAGCAAGCGCCGCCAGCUUGGUAUCAGAGGUGUUCAGUUCUUUCACAGUUUCUGGAGGCACUGCAGUUGCUACGCCAACUGGACGAGCAGGACUGCGCCUCGGUGGUGGCCCAGACUGCGGCCAUCAACGCUUGUCGAGGAAAGCCCUGGCGGUACGCGGUACAACUGCUCGGCGCUCUUGCUGCAAAGCAGCUCGAGGCAGACGUGGUCGCCUAUGGGGCCACGAUUGGGGCCUGUGCCCAGGGCACAGGAUGGCAGACGUCGCGGGCGCUGUUGACAGAGUUGGCCCGCCGCGGGCUGCCCAGGAAUUCGAUCGUCUUCACCUCGGUCAUCAGCGCUUCUGGGAAGGCUGGGGCCUGGCAGUUGGCUCUACAGUGCAUAGAGGAGCUGGAAAAGGAGCUUACGCCCACCAGCGUGAUCCCGUACAACGCGGCUGCAAGCGCCUGCGCCAAGGGGAGAGCGUGGAAGGCUGCACUCGCGAUUUUCAAGGGCAUCAAGGACAGGAGCCUCCUUGCGGAUGAGACAUCAUACAGUACAGCCAUCGAUGCUUGCGCGAAAGCCUCGGAAUGGCAAAGGGCGCUUGCUUUCCUCUUGGAGUCGACGCAUGCGCAAGUACACAAUCUGAUCGCGUACAAUGCCGCAGUCAGCGCCUGCGACCGAGCAGAGAAGUGGCAGCUGGCGAUUUGGCUCCUACACGACCUGGACUCCUUUCGCCUGGCAGGUGACAUCAUCACCUACAACUCCUCUCUCAGCGCCUGUGCUCGUGGGGCUGCCUGGGAAGCGGCGCUGGCCCUUUGCGCGUCGAUGCCGACGAGGCAGUUGCGACAGGAUGCUGUGACCCGAAGCACAGCUGUCAGCGCUGUCGCGCGAGCUGGGAGGUGGGAGCGAGUGGUGCAGCUGCUUCGCAGAUCGGCAUCCGCCGACCUCGUCGCCUACAACAGCGCCCUUACGGCUCUGAGGAGCUGGAGGAUCGCUGCUGAUCUUCUGGAUCACCUCGGGAGGCGUCUCCGGAUGGAUGCCAUCACCUGCAGCGCCGGGUUGAGCGCAUGCGAGAGAGGUUCCGCGUGGGUGGACGCCCUGGCUCUGAUCUGCGCACAGGCACGGCAGAAGGCGCAGAGCAGUGUUCCAGCUCAUACAGCUGCUCUCGGCGCUGUGGGGCGCAUGAGACGCUGGCAGCGGGCCAUCCUCCUGCUCUCGGAUCUUGGAGUACUUGGUCUGCAAAGUGACUCUCUUGCCGAAGGUGCAGUACUCCUGGCGUGCGCGGAGGCAGAUGAGUGGGAGCAGGUGCUUUGGCUGCUGGCGGAUUCACAGGCAAGACGGGUACAACACCACCUGCGAUCAUACAACACGGCCCUCAGUGCUUGCGCCAGAGCCAGUGAGUGGGAGCUGGCAGCGCAGCUCUUUGUUGACGUGCGACGACGCAGCCUGGGUUCAGAUCUCGUCACUUACGGCGCUGUCAUGGCUGCCUAUGAGAGGAGCCACCAGUGGCCUGACGCACUGGAGCUGCUGCAGAUGCUGACGCUCAGCCGGAAGGUGCCAGAUACCAUCGCAAUCACCACCGCCAUCAGUGCUUGUGCGAAAGCAGAGCAUUGGCAGCAGGCGCUGGCCUUGCUGGUAGCCAAUGACGGGGUGGACACCUCGGCCGUCCACGCUGGGAUCAAUGCCUGCGCGGCCGCCGGACAGUGGCUUGCUGCUCUUAGCCUCCUACAGGAGACAAAGUCCCGGCGCACGCAGAUGGACAUCGUCGCUUUCAACUGUGUUAUGGCUGCCUGCGAUCAGGGCAAUCAAUGGCGUUGGGCCACUUGGUUGCCAAGCCUGCGCUUGCUGUAG